AACAUUGUUUUUAAUGUAUAAUAUUCUCAAGUAUACUAUAAAGUAGCUGAAUCAUAUGUGAUUAAGAUAUAUAUAGAGAGAGACAAGCCAGCAAGAACAUUUAGUACACACACACAAAAAAAGAUUCAAAGAAUCAUUUAGUAAUACAAAAAAAAAGAGUGAUAAGAAAAAUGACCAGAAUGAGCAAUACAGUGUUAGGGUUCUUAAACAUCCUAACACUAAUUUCCUCCAUAGUUCUAUUAGGAUCAGCUCUAUGGAUGGGUAGGAGCAAGACAACAUGCGAGCAUUUUCUUCAGAAGCCACUCUUGAUCUUAGGCCUAGCUAUCUUGGUCUUAUCAAUAGCUGGUCUAGUCGGUGCAUGUUGUGACGUGGCUUGGGUCUUGUGGGUGUACCUCUUCUUCAUGGUCUUCAUCAUAGUCGCGCUCAUGGGUUUGACCCUGUUUGGAUUCAUAGUGACUAGCCAUGGUGGAGGCGUGGGUGUGGAUGGUAGGAUUUAUAAAGAGUUUAAGCUUGAAUCAUAUCACCCUUGGCUUAAGACAAGGGUGAUAGAUACUAAUUAUUGGGUUACUAUAAAGACUUGUCUCUUAGGCUCAGUCACUUGUACCAAGCUCGCUCUUUGGACUCCUCUUGAUUAUCUCCAAAAGGACUUAUCUCCUCUUCAGUCUGGAUGCUGCAAACCACCGACGUCGUGCGUUUACAACACGGACACGCCGAUACAACAAGACCCGGAUUGUUACCGGUGGAACAACGCCGCGACGGUGCUCUGCUAUGACUGUGACUCGUGCAGAGCUGGCGUGUUAGAGACCGUACGACGCGAUUGGCACAAACUCUCACUAGUGAACGUCAUUGUUGUUGUUUUUCUCAUCGCUGUUUACUGCAUUGGCUGCUGCGCCUUUAAAAAUGCCAGGCGCCCCCAACAUUAUGGCUUCCCUUACGGACGUUACGGCAUGUCCAAAUCUCAACCCGGAUGGGAACAGUCUUGGUCGAGAUGGUGGCAUGGAAGAGACCGGUAUUAGUGAAAAAUAUCUAUGUUCUAUUUGGGAUCGAGUAUAGGACAUAAAAAAUCUCUUUGGCCCAGAUAUUUAUAGUCAUGGAGGAGGCCCAUCAAAGCAUGUAACUAGGAUAAAGAUAAAUCAUAAGCGCUUUUCUCAUAUCGGAAGCUUGAGAUGAGACACUCAUCUGCUGCGUGCGUAGUAUAAAUGAAGAAGGUGGUCACUACAGUGAAGUUACUUACCUGGACGGGGUCAACUCAACUCGAUCAAAAAGACGAGUGGCUUAGGUUCAGUUCAAUUUUUGUUUUGACACCAGCUUUGGAAGGGAACAUAUUUAUCUGCUUUAUAUGAAGAACCAUAAUCUCGAAAUCGGACAUUGUAAACACGAUGAAACUAAGUUGUUAAGCAAAAAGACUAAGUACUUUGUGC